AUGGGAUUUUCAAGAAUUCUACCGCUGCUAAUCGGAGCGCUUUCUCUAUUUUCGAAUUUUGCCGAGUGCGUCGACGACGACAAUGGAGGUUCGAUCAACAGCGUGGAGAACAGUACAAACGAUAACAAUGUCUCGUCGACUUUUCUGAAUUUCGACCAAAAGACGAACGAGGAUCAACGAAAGCAUCUGGACGACACCGAUAGGAUAUUGAGCAAGAUGGACGUCCUAUCCCGCCUAUUAAAGAUGCACAUAGAUCAAUUGCGAAAUAAGACUGAUCAGGUGGAAAUGGUGUUCCUGGUGGAUGCGUCCGGUUCGGUCGGUGCAGAGAACUUCCGCAGUGAACUGAACUUCGUGACGAAGCUCCUGUCGGAUUUUACGGUGGACGCAUUGGCUGCACGGGUCGCCCUGGUCACCUUCGGUGGUCGGGGCAGCGUAUAUCGCAACAUCGAUCAGAUCUCCAGACACGGACCCAACGAUCACAAGUGUUACUUGCUGAACAAACAGUUCAACAAUAUCACUUAUAGCGGCGGAGGAACUUAUACGCGUGGCGCGCUUCUCGAGGCACUAGCGAUCCUUGAGAAGAGUCGUGAAGCGGCGAGCAAAAUGGUAUUCCUGAUAACCGAUGGCUUCAGCAACGGUGGCGAUCCGCGUCCCGCGGCUCACCUACUGAAGAACACGGGUGCGAUUAUAUUCACGUUUGGAAUACGUACGGGAAAUGUAGAGGAGCUGCACGAUAUCGCCAGUCAUCCCGAAUACACACAUAGCUAUCUCCUCGAUAGCUUCGCGGAGUUUGAGGCUUUGGCGCGACGCGCUCUGCAUAGGGAUUUGAAAACUGGGCAGUACGUGGCCGUGACUUUGCCGACCGAUUGCAAUAGUCUCUGCUCGGACAGCAUGAACCGGACUUGCUGCGAUGAAUUGGCGACCUGCACCUGCGGUACCGCGACUGGACAUUACGCCUGCAUUUGCCCGCCUGGCUAUUUCGGUUCCGGUCUCAGAGAUUUUUGCCAACCUUGUCCAAACGGAACCUAUGCUUCCACGAACACCUCUGGGGAUUCCACCGCUGCAUGCGUAUCCUGUCCAGACGCGAAUCACAUCACCAUCAAGGUUCCCGCGACCUCGGUGAUUGACUGUGUCUGCGCCUCCGGAUUUAUCACAGAUGGUUACAAAUGCGAGGCUAUAACAUGUCCGAAACUGAGAAUCCCCGACAACGGAUACCUGGUGAAAGCGAGCGCUUGCAAUAAUGUGGUACACGCAGCGUGUGGCGUAAGAUGUAGGAUCGGUUUUCAUCUUACGGGGGACAGCAUUCGACUUUGCGGCAAAGACGGCGCUUGGUCCGGCAACGAGCCGCAGUGCUUGCUGAAGACGUGUUCGGCUUUACGCUCACCGACGCAUGGCCGCGUAAAAUGCGAGCACGACGAGGACUAUCAGCAACAAUUUCAAGAAAAUUCCACUGUAUAUCCGAUCGAUACACGCUGCCAGUUUCGAUGCGACGUCGGCUAUCAGCUUCGUGGCAGCAAAGUGCGCAACUGUCUACCUUUAUCUCGUUGGGACGGUUUGAAAGUUACGUGCAAAGCUGUGAAAUGCAAAUCUUUACCGCAAAUCGCGAACGGCGACAUCACUCCGGAAAUUUGCAUCGGGCCAGCGAAGGUGCCCUUUGCCACCAAUUGCACGAUCACCUGCAACGAGGGUUACAUCCUGGAAGGACCCACCGACAGAAUGUGCAUUGGACGCACGGGAAUUUGGUCCCAACGUCACAGCGUUAAUCGAUGCGUGGACAAAACACCGCCUUCUUUGGAGUGCCCAGCCAACAUUAUCGAGGAGACUGAAAAGGGACAAAACUACGCAUAUGUGAACUGGACAGUACCUAAGGUGACUGACAAUGCAGAUGCAUCUCCUAUUGUAUGGACAAAACCGCACAUCGUUCUACCCUGGAAGGCAAAAAUCGGUACACGCAAUGUUGUGUAUGUAGCACAAGACGCGAGCGGCAACAAAGCUAGAUGUAAAUUCAAAGUUAAAGUUCUUGAUAGGGAACCACCAACAAUCGAGAACUGUAUCGAUCCACCAACACUUUACACCGAUUUCGAUAGCGGUCUCGCAAACGUGACGUGGGACGAGCCAGUCUUUUACGACAAUUCGAGAAUUGCCGUGCGCGUCAAUCAAAGUCAUCAACCCGGCCAAGACCUCUUCUUUCCAGUCGGUCAUACGAAGGUCUUCUAUAAUGCGACCGACAAAUACGGCAAUCGGGCAAGUUGCGUGUUGAACAUUACUGUAGAAGAUGUGUGUAAAAGUCUGAAAGCACCAGCGAAUGGUCGACUAAACUGUUCUUCGUCAGACGAUCGCGAAACACAAUGCGUCGUAGCUUGUGAGGAUGGCUACGACUUUGCAAUCGAGCCAAUGAAUUUCAAUAUCGUGAAUAACGAAUUGCUAUUGAAAUGUAACUCAAGCAAUCAUAUGUGGGAUAGUAAUUAUCUGCCAGAAUGUUCAGAAACGCAAACACCUAUAACAAUAUCUCAGGAGGGAGAUGUGAUAUUACAAAGCAACGGAAGCGCAAUAUGCGACAAUCAACCUGCUCUUGGCGAAUUGAAUAAGAACAUUGCUAAUGACUUGAAAUCGAAAUUCCUGGAAAUAUGCGAUAAUGACAUUGAGUGCGAUCUGGUUAGCUUCGAUCCCAAGUGUGAAGACGAUCUAUCGUUGUCGAAGGAUAUUGAAGAUAACUUAAUAAGAAGACGAAGAUUCGAACCUAAGAACAAACAAGCUCGGUCUACCGAUACCUUUAAAGAUACUGAAACAACAUUGUUCGAAAGGUUGAAACGCGCAGCUAUAAGACUGAGCUCCGAGCCCAACAAAAAUAACACCAGAUCUAAACGGAAAAGAAAUAGAAUAGAAAUUAAAUUUAAGUUUAUAGGUAAGAUAAUAGAAGAAAACUACGAGAAUCCAAAACGAGGAGUGCAGAAGUUGAGAGAGAGGAUCGAUGCAAUGACGCAAGUGGGAAAAUUAAACUUGCUUGACAACAAAACCAACCAGGAGAUUGCGAAGCUCGCUCUGAAUCUGUACUUCGUCUUCAAGGAACCACAGGACCUUUGUGAUCUCGGUAGUGUGCUAAAGAGACAUGGUUGUGUUAAAUGUCCCGCAGGCACUUUCUACAAUUCCUCUACCAGAACUUGCCAGCCGUGUCCAUUCGGCGAGUACCAGGAUGCGAUCGCUUCAUUGACGUGUGUGCCUUGUCCUGAAUACACCUUCACGAAGAGGAUGCAUGCGAGAACCUUGAAAGAUUGCAUUCCUGUAUGUCGACCAGGAUAUUAUUCUCGACGCAAACGAUACCACGGAUCACGUGUGGGCAUGGAGCCUUGUUUCGCGUGCGACAUUGGUUUCUAUCAGCCAAACUACGGACAAAGUCAAUGCUUGCCUUGUCCGUCGAACGUAACGACAGAAAAGCGUGGCUCCAUAGAUAUCAGUGAUUGUCUACCGAUCCGCGAUGAAGAAAUCGAUGACUGCCGGACGGAUCCGUGCUUAAAUGGCGGUCAAUGUCUACGAGAUGAAAGCGGCUACGUUUGCGAGUGUCGCGAAUAUUAUGUGGGAUUGAAGUGCGAAGAAUUCAAGGAUCCGUGCGACUCCUCACCGUGUUUAAACGAAGGAAUGUGCACAACAUGGCAGUAUCUGAAUAAUUCUGUGAUGUACGAGUGUGUAUGUAAAAGCAGUUACACAGGUGAUAACUGUGAGAUUUACGUGGACGAGUGUUACACCAAUCCCUGUCAGAAUGGUGGAAGAUGCAUGAGCACCGAGAACGAUUUCGUUUGCGAGUGCAGAGACGGAUUUGAAGGUCAAUUCUGCGAGGUUUCGAUGGAUCACUGUGAGCACAUGCCCUGUGAGGAAGGAUCUGUGUGCCGUACUGUGAACGGUACCUGGCAAUGCCUCUGCAAACCCGGUUUUCUGGGGCGACACUGCAACUUGUUACCUUGCGACUGGUUGCCAUGUCACACGAAUGCGAUUUGCGUCAACGUCAAAGAAGAAAACACAACACGGAAAAGUUACAGGUGCGAAUGUCCCGACGGAUACACAGGGAAGGACUGUGAGACCAAGAUCAAUCACUGCGAGUAUUCGCCUUGCUUGAACAACGGGCGCUGCAUUAACUUCGUUCUCGAUUAUAUCUGCGAAUGCCCGAUUCCUUUCACAGGACGCGACUGCGAAAUUGAACUAUCAUCCGACUACGUGAUGCAUUUUACCAAGUCCGGCACGACGGAUUAUGUGGCCACCAAAGGACCCGCGAGAGAUUUUCUCCAGCUGUCUGUUUGCCUAUGGUUGCAAUCGUUGGAUACUUUCAACUACGGAACGAUAUUAUCGUACGCAACGACGUUUUAUGACAACGCCUUCACACUGACGGAUUAUAAUGGAUUGGUCUUGUACAUUAACGGGGAGAAAAUCGUCACUGAUGUUAGGGUCAACGAUGGUAACUGGCACUUCCUGUGCGUUACUUGGGAAAGUGAGAGCGGCUCCUGGCGUGUGUUUGUCGACGGAAUCCUCAAAGACAACAGCAUCGGUUUGGCCCAAGGAGCCGUGGUGCGAGCCAACGGAUCCCUCGUCAUCGGGCAGGAACAGGAUCGCCUGGGUGGCGGUUUCUCUGAAUCGGAAGCAUUCCUGGGCAGACUCGGCUUGUUGGACAUGUGGGACGUCGUCCUGAACGAGAGUGAUGUCACGAAACUAUGGAACAGCUGCGAGAAGUAUCACGGGAACCUCAUAGCCUGGGCGCAGAUGCGGCAGUACAUUCACGGUGAUGUCAUGAUUUUAAGUAGUCCGUUUUGUCAUGGCUGUCCUCUGCCCGUAAUGCCCUUCAAGGGUAACAUUAAAGUAAGCGAGGAUCUGUCUGAGAUAACAUAUUACUGCGAUAAUGGAUACGUAGUUCGAUUUGGUAAUAAGGAAUACCGAUCCGUCAGAAGAAAGUGUCUCAAGCAUGGUCAGUGGGAAGGAUACAAUACACCAAUCUGCAUGAAAAUAAAAUGUGGCUUCCCGGGAUACUUUCCGCGCGGACACAUUUACGGAAAAUCAUAUUUAUUCGAGGACGAGAUAUAUUAUUCUUGUAACGAGGGCUACGAACUCCGCGGAAAUCCUCAUCGCAUUUGCAAUUCUGACGGAAAGUGGAUUGGACUGCCUCCGAUCUGCAUAGGAACGACGUGCAAGAAUCUACUCGCUCCAGAAAACGGUGACAUCGAAUAUAUAUUAGAAGAAAAUGAAAGAGAUGAUGUCACGAUAUUACAAGCUGGCCAGCAGUUAGAGUUCAAGUGUAAUCCUGGAUACCGUUUAAUAGGAGAGAGAUACUUGACCUGCCUAGACAUUGGUAUUUGGGAUCACAAGAGACCGUCUUGCACGCCCUAUGGAUGUCCCUUGCCAAAACAAAUAGAGCAUGGCUACAUCAUCCCUUCGAAUUCUGAUCAAACUUCCGUUCGCGAUCCCGAACGUAACAUCAUCGACAACUCCUCCGAAAGAACGUAUCAUUAUAACGACAUCAUUGGAUUCUCCUGCCAUCGCGGCUACAAAUUUCGCAAUAAUCAUACUCUGACAGAAUUCAAGCUGCAAUGUUCCGCAAACGGCACCUGGACAGGCUUUAUUCCUGACUGUGUUCCGCGUACGUGUCCCUGGCCAGAUCGCGUGGCAGACGCGAAAAUGUUCUUCAAGAAACGGGAUAACAUCACGGUUGAAAUUCCGAUGGAAGAAGACGCUACAUGGAAACCUGAUCGAAGAAGUAAUGAGAGUGAGAACGAGAUUUCUCCGGAAACGUUCAUUUCUGGUGCAGAAAUCCUUAUUGUCUGUGAUCUAGGAUAUGAACUAGUCGGGGAUCAAGUCAGAACGUGUACCGAGGAGGAGAGAUGGUCCUCGACUUUCACUUCUUGCAAGCCGCGUAAUUGUUCGAUCGAGGAACAUCCAAUUUUUAAAUUUUUCAAGAAACUGGGAAACGAAACCGCCUUAGAGAACAGCAACACAGAUGUGAUAUUAUUCGAAUUAGACGAGAAACGGUACAAAAAAAAUGUUACGCACCAAUACAAAGAUUUUGACAUUUUCGUCGAAAGAAAUAGUUAUAAAGGACGAACAGUUUUAACGUGUCGAAAUGGCGCACAGAUGAACUUCCACAAAUUAAUCGCUAACGAGACAAUUUCAAAUAUAACAUGGACGUGCAAUACGAUCGCAAAAUGGGAAGUUUCAAAUUUGUUGAUGAAAGAAUCUAUCCUCGAACAGCUACUGAAUGAUUCGACAGACAUCUGCAAUAGAUCGUGUGCACCUCCGCAAAUACCGGAAUACGGAUACAUCGAUAAUGGUAACAACACUGACAACGUUAACAAUCGCAGGACGAUCAAUAGCGUCGUCAUUUUUAAAUGUCGUCAUGGAUAUAUUCUUGAGGGUGCCGAGCAAUCUAUUUGUUUAUCGGAUGCCAGGUGGUCCGCUUUGCCUUCCUGUAAACCUGUGGCAUGCGGAAAACCGCCGAUUCUCGCUAACGCUAUGCUGAAAAGUGACGUAGACGAAAUUCAGAAUUACACUUUCGGCAAUAUGAUCUCUUAUCAGUGUGUUCCGGGCUAUCGUGUAUUCGGGCAGGCAAAUCUAAGAUGUUUAGGAAGCGGGAAAUGGUCCAGAUUGAAUGGCAGAUGCUCUAAAAUAUCGUGUGGCAAACCACAGAUCCAACACGGAAUCGCGCUCUACGGUCGUUCGUACUUGUUUCAAGAUCAAUUGACAUAUAUAUGUCUCGAUGGUGAGAAAAAGGGGAUGAUUACGUGUCAAGCCAAUGGGAAGUGGAACGAGUUGCCAAAAUGUGACGGAAAUAGGAACGUGUAAUUCAAAAUGGCUAAGAAGGAUUUAGUACAAUGCCUCGUAAAG